GACAAACUUUUAGACGUAGUGUACAUAACAUUGUGGGAUGACGAACAUGUAUCUGGCAUUGAGUGCGCUGUUAUGUGGCGCGUUUUUCGAGCUGGUAACGGAGACUGUAGCGCUGCCUCCCACGCUAGCCCCAACUGAUCCGCCUCUUCCGUGUCUACCUUUCUGUGCGUCCGGGGACCCAACAAUGACUCCACCCACACCACCCAGUAUGCCUACGACUACACCCUUCUGGUGGAAUUGCCGUUUUCCUGACCAAUCGCAACCUUGGGAACACUGCCCCAGUGGGAACUGUGUCGGACCAGGACUGAGGUGCGUCGACACAGAGUCAGUCCUAAUCCGUCCUCCCAUAGAACCGACGCCGCCUCAACCAAUAAGGACAACCACGCCAGAGCCGACUACCCUCCCCGGUCCCAUGCCACCAUUGCCUCCAAUCCGUGCUAGAAGGUGUCUGCCCUUCCCACCAUCGUACCAAUGUGUCCCCGUAGAGCAGAUCAUAGGAUAGGCAGACUAUGGACUUGAGCCAGAGACGAUCUUCUGGGGAAUUUUUGUUUGAAUUAAAAUCUGAUUUGUUAAAUACAUUGUAUAAUUGUUUUACAAUA